AGCUUUAAGAGGUUUUUACCCCAGAUAACUACAAAACUGCCUCAACAUUUGGUGUUCUUGUUUAUUUAGAUAAUUGUCACUGAGUGACAAUGCCGCCAAAAGCAGCUAAAAGGGGCUCAGCCAAAAAGUCGAGUGCUUCAGGAGCCGCAGCUGGCAACAAGAACUGGGAGGCUGGUCUCAUAAGGGCACAGUUUGAAGAGGAGUCAUGGCAAGCCUGUGUGUCUAUGGUGGUUGGGAAAAAUUCAGAGGAUGAGGAACUGACACAGGCCUUAUCCUUGGCCGUACAGAAACCACUACGUAGACUUUUCAGCUUGUUGACCUGGGACAGCACUCUUGCCAAGAUCCAUGAACUGGGGAAUCCCAAAGCAAAGAGACCUGAAGAUGCUCCCCCAUUCUAUGAGGUUGCAGAGCCUGCUAAGGCUCUGCUGGAUGCAGGAGAAGAGAUUCCUUGUGACCUGAUGGCAAAAAUGCUGAAGUUCCAGCUGCUACAGAUUAAAGCCAAUGAUCAGCAGAGGAGGGCAGCUGAGCAGGCUGAAGAGGAGAAGGCAAAGACUGGUCCUUACUCUGCUGGCAAGGACAAAGCAGGGGCCAAAGUCUCAGACAAAAAAGGAAAGAGUUCACACUCACCUGUGACACCUUCCAAGGAAAAGACCAAGCUCAAACGCAGGGAUGAUGUUGAGCCACCAAAGUUCAUAGAUGACGAACCACAGGAUGGCCCUCAACACUACAUCCUGCUGCUGGGCUUCUAUCAGCCCCACCUGGUUGGGGCGCUCGAUACUAUUGGCGUACAUGUAGUCAAUGUCAUUAAAUUGUGCUCAGAGCAGACACAAACUUCUGACAGACAGCAGCAACAACCAUCAUGUGAGGGCAAUGAGCAUAGCCUGAGAGCCACUCCAGUUUUGGAUGCAGAGUUUCAUGGUUAUGUAGAGGUAGCUGCGCAGGCCAGGAAGAUGGAGUUAUUUUGGUCAGGUCUGAGACCAGUUUUGGACAGUGGGCCACCAGAGUCCAAGCUCCAUGAUGUUGUUCAGCUCAGCUCCACUGUCCCAGAUCUGCAGCCUCCUUUUCACACAAAUGACCCUGAGGCUGAGCUGGAGAUGGGAAGCAGAAUCUUUGAGGUUGUGGCCAGUCUCAUCUACGACUGUCUGGACUGGCGCAGGCAACAUCAGCUCUAUCUAGACAACAUCAAACUCAUCAGUGUACCCACUGUCAUUGGGUUGGAUCCACAUCCUGCAGAGACUGAGCCGCCCCCGCCCCCCUUGACCCCACGCUCCAAGAAGAAAUCGGUGCGGGACGAAAACCCACCAGACCAAGACAUCGUGCAGCCUCCUCUCUCCACAGAUGUCGACAUGCGUUACUACAGCACCCUACUUGACCUGGUUCCCCCUGAAGCCUGCUCUGUGCCUUUAAUCAUGCACUGUAUGCUGGAACAGGUUGUAAUUUCAAUGGAGCAGUCUGUGUCCAACCCGUCCCCUGCAACAGAAGAGCCCAAACCUCAUGUUGGUCCUGGGUUAGACUUUGAGCUGGUGAGCCUCAUGCUCCAAAGCUUCCUGCCUGUGGUGCACACAAAAGAGGACAGAAGCCACAUGUUGAAUAGCUUGCUGACUACAGUACACACUGAAGAAGACAAGAAGCGACUUGUGGAGAAGUUUGGAGCAGAGGAGACGCAGAAGAAGUUUAAGCACCCUUUAGUUAUCCGACACCAUGAUGAGAGGGCACUGCGCUUGAGGGAUACUAGUGUGGUUCAGGGUUUUGACCCAACAGAAGUAGAGUUGUCCAUGAUGAGGCUGUCUCCAGUGUGGGAGCUGAUCAACUAUGUGGCUCAGCAGAGAGACAGCAAGUCCAGUUGGAUGGCAAUCAAACAGCAGCUACAGCACUACUGCACGGAUGAUGUUGUGUCAUGGCUGGAGUUGGAGCGUCUCAUUCAUCAGAGUGUUUUUGAGAGUAUGCCACUGACCAGGCUGGACCAAAAGGGUGUACUACUGAAUUCUUCUGGACCACUGGGAACCCUGAAACCCUCCCAGCAAACGCAACAGACACCCACAAUUAUCCCUUGGGACAACCCGCUAUUCUUUGCUAAAGUGCAGCUUAAUAACCUACGGACUAAAGGUCCCACUGAGGAUCCUGGUAACACAGAGCAGAUCAGUGGGAGAGUGUGUAGCCAGCUGGAUUUAUCUGAUCUUCAGAAAUGUAGGCUGAGAUCUCUGUUUGACUGGCACUAUACUGAACACCACAGUGCCUCUGUCUUCCCACAGGUACUCCAGUUAGCCUCUGAAGAAUACCGCUGCAUGGACACCUUCAGAGGAAGUCAUAACAACAUCCUGUACAUUUUUUGUCAUAAUCCAAUGAGCCCUGAUCGUCAUUGCAGGGAGUUCUGGGAUGUAGCCAUUCACACUGAUGUGAAGUUCAGGAAGUACCUGGAGCAUGUUGCAGAUAGCAUUUCGGAUUGGACAAAAGAGGAAGAAUUAAAGAGAGAAGAAAGGCAACUCAGAAAUCUCAGCCCUGCUGAGUCUCCAAAAGGUGAAAAGGCUACAGAUUCUGCAGAGGAGGAGGACACUAUGGAGCCAGUGAUCAGAAAAGGGUCUCUUAAAGCCUGGAAGUUGGAGCAGGAGCAACUAAAGGAGGACGAGAUGGCUAAAAAAUCAAAGAAGGAGAAUGCACCAAAAGGCAAGCAGCAAAAGGAGGAGGCUAAGUCGACAGACAACAGAAAAAGUAAAACUUUGUCUAGUGGCAAGAAGAGCAGACGAGAGACAGCAGGCAGCACGGCCCAGACUCCCACAGAGUCCGUCACUACCACAGCUCCACCUGUGGAGGAAAACAAAGACCUGCAUCUGACAGAGGAGCCCUUUAAUGGCUUCACAGGCUACAGCAUGGAUGGAAAGUUGAUCUGUGUGUCAGGUCGUCGCCAGGACCUUUUCCCUUCAGAUGGAGGACACAUCACUGUGGAGAAUAUCAGCUUUGUUGAAGGUUCCAGCCUCAUGAAGGUGGCUGUGAAGAAGGAUGGGCAUCAUUUCUACACACACAUCAACCACAUUGUUGUAUAUCCAGUAAAACCUCCCCCUCAGCCCCAAGACAAAGAAAACAGUGGCAGAAAGGAAGAUUUCAAAGUGUCAGAGCCUGUGGAGAUGAAGCAGGGCUCCCUCUCAGCAGUGUUAGACAAUGGACUCUAUCUCUCAUACAGCUUCUAUGGUUCCACGGGAGAAUACAGAGCAGGUCCCCAGGUAACAGAAGGAGGGGCCCCAGAAACCUCCACAAUUGCCCCCAUCCCUCUCUCAUCCUCCACUCACCACUCCAAGGGGACAGACCUGAAUUCAGUUGCCUCCCAGUCCAAGUCUAAGGUGUGCGAAGGCCAGUCAUCAUUGCCAUUAAGUCCAUUCAACAGUCUGAACCUGUCUGUUCCUAAUGGCCUGCUGCUACAAUUUCUGCGAGAGGAUACACAAGGAGUGUCCUCUGAAGAGCAGGGCAUGUUGGUGAAACAGAGCUUUCCUCUUCAUGGUAGAGGAGUUGCAGGGCAGCUUCAGGACCCUUCCCUCUCCAAAGAACUGUCUCGCAACAUCACCAGCCAGGGAGCUGUGAUCCGAUACAUGAGAGACGGGUCCACAGAGGUUCUGUUUGCAGAUGGCGCGGUCAGCUUCAGCCAGGAUUCUGGUCCGGUCUGGGUUCCUGACUCUGAGGUUAAGAGGGAAAACACCUCUCAAGAAACUGAGGACAACAAGAAAGAGCAGAGCUCAGAGAACGCUGAUUAUCAGAGAGGGUGCUGGUUAACUACAACUCCAUCUGGAGCUCGCAUCCACACUGUGGGGACUACACAUAAACACAUACCCACCACGCCUCUCCUCGCCUUCAAGGCUACAGACCCCAUCACCCAUGAGGUAAUGCUUAGUAGAGAGGAUUUGGUGGUUUCUGUCCAGCAUCCAGACAGGUCUCUGAGUGUAGAGCAUGCAGAUGGAACCAGAAUCACCAGUCUCUACCAAGACAGACCCCAAAGCACACCGGAGCACAUCCUACUGCAAACAGGGGAGCAGCCUGAGAGUGUGACCCUAUCAACUUCUGAAUGUGCAUGUGUCUGCACUGAGUGUGUGUGUGUCACUCGCUGUGCGGACAGCAUUAAUGAGAACAUGCACAUCCAGGAUACUUCUGGCAAUGGAGAAGAGAUUAGCGGCGACAGAGCAUGUGAUAAGGAGGGUGCUGCACGUGCCUGUAUACAGUUAAAUGAGUGUGGGCAUGUAUGCGAUGAAAGGGAAAGUAAUGUGUAUAAGAAUGGCGAGGAUAUCGUGUUUGCAGAAGAUACUGUGGCUGAAAUCAGUAAAAGGAGUGCAUGUGACAAUGAUCAGGGGAGUGUAUCUUCUAAGGAGCGGGUGGUGUUGGUGGAGAGGGAAGGCUGCGCCACAGUGGUGAUGUACCCAGAGCGACACACAGCUCACGUCAUUUUAGCAGAUGGAACUGUCGUCACUGGGAACAACCAAGGAGCCUAUCAGGUAUUCCCAUCCAGUGUUGGGCUCUUGCAGAUCCAAAGUGAUGGAAAGUGUAUAUAUUCGUCCGACCCACUUAUGAUGUCCAACCCAAAGGGUGGGACUCCCACAAACCAAUCAGGAAGUUACGCCAUGAGUCACACAGACAAAGUGGCCUGUGAUGUUACAGACCCCGAUGGGAACCAUUUCCAGGUGAUGGAAGAUGGACAGGUAUCAGUGUUGAACUGUAGCCCUGCUCCAAGCACAUUUAAACAGGAUGAAGAGGAGCCAGAGGAGGAGGAAGAUAGAGAAAUGGCAGGGGUCAAUGUAAUACACAGAGAACAUUGUCCCAGGUUGUUUCUGGUGCAUGAGGAUGGCUCUGGCACUGAACUGCUGAGCUCUCAAACCGUAGAGGAGAUGCUCUACCAGGCAUACUCUGACCCUACCAUAGCACUGCUGAAGGAACCGCUGCCAGACACACAAGAUGAGUUUGGCAUCACCAUCCUAAAGCCCGGCCACCGGAGUGUGUGGUCCCAGUGGUUGCUCGGGAAACAGAACCCUGACAUCACCCCUCCAAACCUCAGAAAUCGCAGCUGGCAUGACUUUCCCAGAACAGAGAAGAAGAGUCCAGGUCCUCCAUUUGGAACUGACAUGGGAAAAGGUUUGACUUUGAGAGAGAGGUCUGUUUUUUCCGCAGCACAGCGUGAACCUGUAAGGAGCUGCCCUAAAGUCCUGGAGAUGAGGGAACUGUAUCAGCACCGACCAUUCACUUCACCACUCAGAAACACAGUAGACACACGACUGAAGGAAUACAUCGAGAGUUUGAUGGAGAGGGAACAGCGAUCAGAGGAGAUGAAAAUCAAAGACCCUCGACCUGAGGAGGAGAGUGUUCAUGCAAGUGAUCUGCUCAAUCUAGUCCUGUCUUUUGCAGAAGAAGAGGGUGCAGGUAACACCUUUGACAAGAGGACUUCAGUAGACAUCGCCAAUUUGUACAGCCAAGGAGUCGGAGACCCAAAUGAGCAGUCAGAUGAUUCAGAAGACACAGCCACAGUAGCUAGUGACAGUUUUACUCAUGGAAAGGAAUCAAAAUGGACUGAAAGACUUGCACAGUACCGACGGGAGCUGUGUGAAGAGCACACUUACAGAGAGGCUCUGAGGAAGAAAAACAUUGUUCCUUUUUUUCACCCAGAAAAUAUUGAGUUAUACCAGAAGGACCAAGCACCAGACAUGAGGAGUCUGUCCAUGGAUCUCCCUCCGAUCCCCAAGUCAGACAGUGGUGAGGCUGUCCUGGAAGAUGCCCCGCAAGAGAGCACCCCACGGCCCUUAAACCCAACACCCUCUCAGUCUGCAAGUCAUGCAGGAGGAAGUGGCAGGAUGCUUGAAAAAAGACCCACCAACCCCACGCCUCAGACUGCUGGUGAAAGCAGUCUGAGGGGUUCAACUGGGCGAUGUCAGUCAGUCCAGGUGGAUGUGACUGGAAAGCCCAGGAGGACUAAUGUCAGACUACCAAACUCUAUCCUCAGCUCUAAACCCCGCAGUGUACCAAAUCAACAGUUCCUGUCAGUGGAAGAGCCGGUGAGGAGAAGGUGUCGAACUAUUUCUCUGACCGAUCCUAAUGUCAUCAUGAGGGGAUUCCAGCUGCUCCCGCCCAGUGUUGACUUUGGCACACUGCAGGAGGGCACCUCCUCGACCAUUACUGUGGUGAUGAAGAAUGUGGGUGUUGACACCUGCAGGUUCCAUGUGAAACAGCCUCCUUUUGCUUCAGGCCUCCGGGUCAUCUAUAAUCCUGGACCUGUGGCUGCAGGUUUGCAUGUUGAACUGCAGGUUCAGCUGUUUGCCAUGCGUGCAGUCCAAGCAGGAGAGGCAGAUGCAAAGAAGAGUAUCUCCCAAGAUAUCAUCAUCAACACUGAGACAGACAUCCUCUACCUGCCUGUCACCGCCACCAUCCUUUCUGAGAGCUUAUAUGACAUUUGGCUCAAGGAUCAUGCCAGUACACACCGUAAGAAAGGCUCCAGGGUACAUCAACUGUCUUCCAGCCUACCAGUUGGACGGGUGGCCAUGCAGCCCCACAGACGAUCCGGUACCCUCCUGACCUGUCCUUCAGCAAACACUGGACACCUUCAUCGAACCGCUCCUCUUUGAGGAAUUCACAUCAUCAAUCUCCCAUCAGGUUUUACGUCAUUCAAGUCAUAUUCAGCUUUUUUUUCAUUA